AUGUCCAAUUCUAGCUCCGUCGCCAAUCUCGGUCCCGAUUUCGACCCCUAUGAGCAGUUGAUCACCAUCUUCAACAAGAAUGGCUCCAACGUGACCGUGCCAUUGAGCCAGUUAGACGUCUAUGUGCAGUACAAUGUCCGCAUCUGCAUCAAUUAUGGCUGCCAGCUCGGUGCUUCUCUCGUGCUGUUCGUCAUUCUGCUCCUUCUCACCCAGCGCGAGAAGCGUGGCUCAUCCGUCUUCCUCUUCAAUGCCAUGGCAUUGGUCUUCAAUAUCAUCCGUCUGGUCUUCCAAACGGUCCAUUUCGAUACCGGAUUUGAAAAGAUCUAUCCCUACUUUACCUUUGAUUAUUCGGCCGUCGAGACCGGUGCCUAUGUCGUUUCCAUCUUCUCAACCGUCUUCACCAGCCUUCUCGUCGUCUGCAUCCAGCUUUCUCUGAUGCUCCAGACCCAAGUCGUCUGUUCGACCCUCCGUCGACGAUACCGAGUUGCCCUCAUCGGUCUUUCCUCCAUCGUGGCACUCGUGCCAAUUGGAUUCCGCUUUGGGUGGAUGGUGAUGAACUGCAUCUACAUCAUGAAUGCUGCGUAUAUGUCGGCGAUCUGGUGGCUAGAGAGCGCAGCCAACAUUACCAUCACUAUCAGCAUCUGUUUCUUCUGCGCAGUAUUUGUCACGAAGCUGGGCUUUGCCAUCCGACAGCGCAAGCGACUGGGAGUUCGCGAGUUCGGUCCGAUGAAGGUGAUCUUUAUCAGCGGAUGCCAGACGCUCACCAUCCCGGCCAUCUUUUCCAUCGUUCAAUACCAGGUUGUCGUCCCAGAGCUCGCCUCAAAUCUUCUCACCUUGGUGACCAUUUCCCUGCCUCUCUCUUCCAUCUGGGCCGGCGCUGCUCUCGAUCGCCGAGGCACAAAUUCCACUACCGCCCCGCGUCGCAAUCUAUGGAAGUCGCUUGCAUUCGGAGAGGACAGCACCCUCAAGGGGACCGUUGUAAGCGAGCAAACUUCCUCGUCAAUGAGCCCCAGCAGCGCGGCUAAAACCCUCUGCUAUGCGGAUCGCCCGCAUAAGCCCUCCCAGGACUCGGAUACUCCGUUUGGUAUUACCAUCGAACAUGAUAUCUCCAUUGACAGCAUCCGCCGGGACCCGUCCAUCGUCUGA